AUGGAGCCUAAAGCUGCCGUAAAAUUAGUUACGGAAAAUGUACAUUUUAAAGCAUGUAAUGUUCAAUUGGGAAUUGUAAUUUCUGAUAAUGAUAGCAGUUCAAUUUCGGCUAUGCGUGCCGCAGCUAAUUACGAAAUUAUUAAACAUGCUGACAAAAAUCAUACCAGUAAAGGGGUGACUAAUGAACUGUACAAGAUUAAAAAAGAUCACAAAGAAUUGACUGCUGACGCUAUAAAAUAUCUUCAACGAUGUUUUGCAUAUUGCUUAUCCCAAAAUGUUGGCGAUGCUGAGAAGAUGUCUGCAGCUAUAAAAAAUAUACCGCAUCACUGUUUUAACAUACAUGCAAAUUGUGGGACUUGGUGCGGAUAUCACGAAAAUUCCGAAAGUUAUCAACAUUCUACCAUAGGUAGUGGUUUCAAAGACCCACAUCUGUUCGAAUCAUUAAAAUGUUUAUUUGAAGUGCUGGCAAGCAAAACUGACAGAUUCGUAGCUGGAGUGUCAAGCAAUGCAAAUGAAAGCUUGAACGCAGUUAUAGCUAGUAAAGCACCCAAGUCUCGCCUAUAUGGGACGUCAUCUUCAGGUGAUUAUCGAGUAGCGUGUGCAGUCAAUAAAAAGAAUGAUGGAGAGGAAUACGUAACUCAAUUAGCAAAGAAAUUAUCUUUAUCUCUUGGAGUACAUACCGAGACAUACGGACAUACAAAGGACAAAAAAGCCCAGAAAAGAUACCAAAGAUCAAGUACCAAAGAUUUUAAGAAAAGGCGUUUAGCUUUGAGACAAGUAAGGACUCAGCUACGACACAAAAAAGAAUUUUCAGAAGGCCCUGAAACAUAUCAGUCAGACAUCGGACUCUUGAGCAACGAUUUACCUGCUGUGAUUCAUGUACCUGAGGACGUUUUAUCUCCAAUACCAGUCUACUUUGAUUUGGAAACUGGAGGUUUCUCGAGAACUGCAGAUAUUUUACAAAUUGCUGCAAAGCACGGAGCGGCCACCUUUUCAGUUUACAUCAAACCAGUAAAGAAAAUUGAUGUAAAGGCCAGCCAGGUUACAGGUUUAAAAAUUGUUGCGGGUCAACUACAAUUUCAUGAUAAUAUAGUUCAAUCUGUCUCGUUAUCGGAAGCCAUGCAACAAUUUUACACAUUUUUAAGUACUUUUAAAAGAAAAUGUAUUUUAGUAGCACAUAACUGUAAAUUCGAUGCUCCACGAAUAUUGAUAGCAAUUGAAAAAACAUACCUUGUUGAGCAUUUUAAAGCAGUGGUUGAGGGAUUCUGUGAUACAUUGCCGGUUAUAAAAAAUUGUACGAAGUUGAAAGGAAAAGGCGAAAAUAAACUCGAGUUCUUAGCGAACAAACUGGGAAUACCCAAUAAUAAUGCACAUAAUGCAAUUAAUGAUGUGCUCAUCUUAGAGCAAGUAAUUAUUAAACUAGAUAUUUCAAAUCAGAAAAUAAUAGAAAGCGCUGUAAGUUGGGAUAAAGUAGUUGCGCGUAAACUUUAUAAUGAACGAUUGCCUCAAACUUUGAAAGAACUGAGCUCAUUAUGUACUUGCACCUCAAUUUCUAUGAGGAAAAAAUUAGCUGCUGCGAACAUUUCCUACGAUUUAAUGUUGGAAACAUUUAGAAAACAUAAGUUCAUAGGAUUACUAAAUCUUCUUGGCGAAGACGAAAAUGGAAAUGUGCGUGUUACCAAACAGAGAAGUAUUAUUAAAAAAAUUGCUACAUAUUUAGAAAGUAAGCUAUAG